UUUUAAUUGUGUUCCAUGUUCAGUAGAAUUGCUAUCCACGUGCUAUAUGUGCUAAAGUGCCGUAUUACAGUUAGGGGGCGCACCAACGCCAUUGUUUUUCUUUUGUGUGUGACACAGGAAUUGCGUCACCUUCCUUUUCCGCUGCAGCUCCGGCGCCUGAAACACGAGUGUUCAUCUUUUCUCUCUUUACGGGAGGCGCAGUUAACAUACUGGACCGAGUGGCAAACCGUAGCUGAGAAAAUGAAACCUAUCCUCCUCCAGGGCCAUGAGAGGUCCAUCACUCAAAUCAAGUAUAACAGAGAAGGAGACCUGAUUUUCUCCGUAGCUAAAGACACGGUAGCCAAUGUAUGGUACUCUGUUAAUGGUGAGAGGCUUGGCACCUACAAUGGACACACAGGAGCUGUUUGGUGUGUCGACUGUGAUUGGGACACAAAAAAUGUAUUGACGGGAUCAGCAGACAACAGCUGUCGACUGUGGGACUGUGAGACGGGUAAACAGCUGGCCCUGCUCCACACCAACUCUGCUGUCAGAACGUGCGGUUUCGACUUCAGCGGCAACAUCAUCAUGUUCUCCACAGACAAGCAGAUGGGUUACCAGUGCUACCUGAACUUCUUUGACCUGAGGGAUCCACAGCAGAUCGAGGACAACCAGCCCUACCUGUCGAUACCUUGCAGCGACCACAAGAUCACCAGUGCUGUGUGGGGACCUUUGGGAGAGUUUGUCAUUGCCGGUCAUGAGAAUGGAGAGUUCAACCAGUUCAGUGCCAAGUCUGGAGAGAUCCUGAAGAAGGCCAAAGAACACACCAAGCAAAUCAAUGACAUCCAGACAUCAGUGGAUCUCACUAUGUUCAUCAGUGCCUCUAAGGACAACACUGCCAAGCUGUUUGACUCCACUUCUCUGGAUCACAUCAAGACUUUCAAGACAGAGAGACCUGUCAACUCUGCUGCCAUCUCCCCCAUUAUGGAUCAUGUGGUGAUGGGGGGUGGACAGGAGGCCAUGGAGGUCACCACUACUUCCACCAGGAUAGGAAAGUUUGAGGCAAGGUUCUUCCAUGCUGCAUAUGAAGAGGAGUUUGGAAGGGUCAAAGGUCAUUUCGGCCCCAUCAACUGUGUGGCAUUCCACCCUGAUGGCAAGAGUUACAGCAGUGGAGGAGAAGACGGAUACGUAAGGAUUCAUUACUUUGACCCACAGUACUUUGACUUUGAACUGGAGGCGUAAACAGUCAGGAUCCUCAAAUCCCACAGCCACAACUAACAUCGCACUCAGGCCAAGAACACCGGACCUGAGUGCAUUCGCAGUCAGACAAGCUCGCCUUCCUCCUUUCAUCUGAACUGAUCUGAAGUCAGGUCAAGUCAGACCUCUAGAGGUCAGCUGCCAGUGACUAAAUUCAGCCUGUAUACUUUUCACAGAUUGCUUCAAAUAAAGGUAAAGUGGUCAGAAGAAUUAACUUCAACUCAGUGACAAGUGUGGUCAUUUUUCUAACAUUACUAGGAAACUGGGUGAAAUCAGUGGCAGUUUUUGUACCCUGGAUCUGCAAAACUAUCCUGACUGGACUUUAAAAUCCACACUCUGAUUUCUCAAGUUAUUUAAUUUGAUAUUUUCUGUUGUAAACCAUUCCACUAGAAGUCACCAUAAAAUUACUGAAUUCAA